CUCAUUAUUUAAUCGCAAAUGACAAGCCAACUCCUGACAGAAACAGCAGACGCCGACCACGCCCGGGAUGUGGUAGAAACAGCGUUUCGAUGCCUUUGCAUGCGCGCAGAUACAAACAUCGACGGCUUGCUGGAAAUAUCGUCGGUGGCAUUGCACCAGCGGUGGGAUUUCCUUGGACCAGUGAGCAGCGCCAUUCAAGAGCUCAACGACGAGUUUUUCGCCCAGGUUGACCGGGCACUCCAGUGGCAGGAUGAUGGAACGGGCAGAUACAUUCGAAAUGUUCUUGCUGAUCGGCUGAAGGAGAGCUCUGGGAUCCCGAGCUUCUUGUCGCCCAGCAACGUUGCAUACAUGCGCAAGGACCCAGAUACUAUCCAUGCGAUUAUUCCGUUUGCAAAAGUUUCGAUGGACAAUGCGUCAGAGAUGACAUACGUUGCUAUUUUGUCGUGGGAGGAUGGGAGGUGGACAUACUUUAAUACCUGCGAAUUUGGGAGCGGCUCGCAUGAGCUUGCAGAGUUUGCAACUACGGUCUCCGAGGCUGACACCGACUACCUGCAACGAGUGCACGCUCUCACCGAAAGCCUGCAGGGCGACGAGGAUGGCGACUACUGGGACCAGUUCCCGCAGCCAGACAAGCCAGUCGAGAAGAAGCCAAAGAAGCAGGCUGAUACCCAAGCAGCAAGUGACCAAGGCUCCGAGGACGACUACUGGAACAUGUACGACAGCGACGAGAAUGAUGACGAUGAAGAGCAGGAGCCAGAGCGCGCAAGCGUGGAUCUGGAGCAGACCUCGGGUGGCUCAGAUCUGGCCGAGGCUAAUGCUCCGCUGUUGCACGAGUCGCUGCAAGACAUGCUGGCUGGCUCGGCAAAGCUGGCCAGAGGAAUCGGCAUGAGCAAGGAUGAGUUUCUGGCUCUGGCUGCUGCCAUGUUCUAGUGGUUGUUGAAUAUAGUAUUGCUUUUGA